GUCAGUUUCCUGUUUCAUUUCUUGGUAGGUGAAGAAUCAGCAGAGGGGCAUGACUUGAUUUUCCUUAAUCAUGAGAGAACAAGAUUAUGAAGAAAGUGGGCCAAAUCCAAGGGAUGGGAUCGCCAGGGAAAGUAGUCCAUUUAUUAACAGUGCAGAGAUGGACAGAGGAAACAUGUAUGAAGGAAAGAAUAUGGCUCUCUUUGAGGAAGAAAUGGAUAGUAAUCCCAUGGUGUCAUCUCUUCUUAAUAAACUGGCAAACUACACUAAUUUAACUCAAGGUGUGGUGGAACAUGAAGCAGAUGAAGACAGCAAGCGAAAGGAAGUCAAGGUUCCACGUAUGGGUACUUUCAUUGGUGUGUACCUGCCCUGCUUGCAAAACAUCUUGGGGGUCAUCCUUUUCCUACGUUUAACAUGGAUUGUGGGAACAGCUGGAGUUCUCGAGUCUUUCAUCAUUGUAUUCAUGUGUUGUGCUUGUACUAUGCUAACUGCAAUUUCAAUGAGUGCAAUAGCAACUAAUGGUGUAGUUCCAGCUGGAGGCUCUUACUACAUGAUUUCAAGAUCUUUAGGACCAGAGUUUGGUGGAGCAGUGGGACUUUGUUUCUACUUGGGUACAACCUUUGCAGGAGCAAUGUACAUUCUUGGUACCAUUGAAAUUUUGUUGACCUACAUUUCUCCAAGUGCUGCUAUAUUUAAAGCAGAAGAGGUUGGGGAAGAAACAGAGGCUAUGCUGAACAACAUGAGAGUUUAUGGAACAUGUAUUAUCAUUCUGAUGGCUGUAGUGGUUUUUGUGGGAGUGAAGUAUGUCAACAAACUUGCACUGGUCUUCCUUGCCUGUGUGAUUCUUUCCAUCAUUGCUAUAUAUGCUGGAGUUAUUAAGACUGCUUUUGACCCACCUGACUUUCCUAUCUGUCUUCUUGGAAACCGUACAUUGUCAAAACGCAACUUUGAUGUCUGUGCUAAAUUUACUGAAAGCAAUAAUGAAACAAAGACUACAUCUCUGUGGCGCCUGUUCUGUGAUAGUUCUUUGCUUAAUGCUACAUGUGAUGACUACUUUACUCUCAAUAAUGUAACAGAAAUUCAAGGGAUUCCAGGAAUAAUGAGUGGAGUUCUCACUGAUAAUCUGUGGAGUACCUAUUCAGAAAAAGGAUCAAUAGUUGAGAAAAAACAUCAGCCAUCUGUUGCUGGAUCAGAAGAGACAAAACUGGGUGGACUCCCUUAUGUUUUUACAGACAUCAUGACCUACUUCACAAUGCUUGUAGGGAUUUAUUUCCCAUCUGUGACAGGUAGAUAUAACUAUUUUUUUGUGAGUGAGGAUGUGUUUGGAGAAGCAGUUAAUGGAAAUCUGGUGGUUGGUACACUGGCCUGGCCUUCUCCAUGGGUUAUUGUGAUUGGUUCAUUCUUUUCAACGUGUGGUGCUGGUCUCCAGAGUCUCACUGGUGCACCCCGUCUGUUGCAGGCCAUUGCAAGAGAUGGCAUUGUACCAUUUAUUCAAGUAUUUGGUCAUGGAAAAGCAAAUGGGGAACCAACUUGGGCUCUGCUCCUCACUGCUGGAAUUUGUGAAAUAGGGAUUUUGAUAGCCUCAUUGGACAGUGUAGCACCAAUUCUUUCAAUGUUUUUCCUUAUGUGCUAUAUGUUUGUAAAUCUGGCUUGCGCAGUUCAGACGCUUUUACGGACUCCCAACUGGAGACCUCGUUUCAAGUUUUACCAUUGGACUCUUUCAUUCCUGGGGAUGAGUUUAUGUCUUGCCUUGAUGUUCAUUUGCUCUUGGUACUAUGCUUUGAUUGCCAUGCUAAUCGCAGGAUGUAUAUACAAAUACAUAGAAUAUAGAGGAGCGGAAAAAGAAUGGGGUGAUGGAAUUCGAGGACUGUCUCUGAAUGCAGCUCGCUAUGCUUUGCUUCGUGUUGAAGAUGGUCCUCCUCACACCAAGAACUGGAGACCUCAACUUUUGGUCUUGUUAAACUUGGAUAGUGAGCAGUUGGUGAAACAUCCUAGAUUGCUUUCUUUCACCUCUCAGUUGAAGGCUGGUAAAGGACUGACUAUCGUGGGCUCUGUGCUUCAGGGAAUCUACUUGGAUAAAUGUUCAGAAACUCAGAAAGCUGAAGAGAAUGUUAAGGCCUUAAUGGGAGUAGAAAAGACUAAAGGAUUUUGCCAGAUUGUGGUGUCUCCAAAUUUCAGAGAUGGAAUAUCCUAUUUGAUUCAGUCAGCUGGUCUAGGAGGGAUGAAGCACAACACAGUCCUGAUGGCAUGGCCACAGUCAUGGAAGCAGACAGAAAAUCGUUUCUCAUGGAAAAAUUUUGUUGACACUGUACGAGAAACAACAGCUGCUCAGCAAGCAUUGUUGGUUGCUAAAAACAUUGACUUAUUUCCAACAAAUCAAGAACGUUUCACUGAGGGAAACAUAGAUGUGUGGUGGAUUGUUCAUGAUGGUGGUAUGCUGAUGUUACUGCCUUUUCUCCUUCGGCAGCACAAGGUUUGGAGAAAAUGUAAAAUGCGCAUCUUCACUGUUGCUCAAAUGGAUGACAAUAGCAUUCAAAUGAAGAAGGAUCUUCAGAUGUUUUUAUAUCAUCUUAGACUGAAUGCUGAAGUGGAAGUUGUUGAAAUGCUUGAAAACGAUAUUUCUGCGUUCACGUAUGAGAAGACACUUAUGAUGGAACAGCGAUCUCAGAUGCUGAAGCAGAUGCAACUAUCAAAGAACGAAAGGGAAAGAGAGAUUCAGAGCAUCACUGAUGAGUCUCGAGGCUCAGUCAGAAGAAAAACCUACUCCAGUCCACAGUCCACUGGCCAAGAUGUGCAGGCCUUGCUGACUAAUGAUUGUCGGGAGGAGGAGGCUCAGCUAAUCCAUGACAGAAACACUGCCUCACACUCGUCUCCAGCGGUCAAAGCAAGCGUGGCUGCUGCUCUGCCCGAAAAAGUGCAAAUGACCUGGACUAAAGAAAAGUUUGUAGCUGAAAAGCAUAAAACCAAAGAUUCAAAUGUGUCUGGCUUCAAAGAUAUUUUCAACAUGAAGCCAGAAUGGGAAAAUCUGAAUCAGUCAAAUGUGAGAAGAAUGCACACUGCUGUGAAGCUCAACGGAGUAGUGCUUAAUAAAUCACAGCAUGCUCAGCUAGUUCUCCUGAAUAUGCCUGGACCUCCUAAAAACAGAAAAGGUGAUGAAAACUACAUGGAAUUUUUGGAAGUUCUGACAGAGGGUCUCGAUAGAGUUCUUCUGGUCAGAGGCAGUGGACGUGAAGUGAUCACCAUUUAUUCUUAACCUGUUUGCACACUUUGUUCACCCCAACCCCCCACCCCCACCCCAAUGAAAAAACAAAGUUACUUGCCAUAAUUUGAGCAGCUUCAUUAACAGUUCUAGUGCAUUGAAAACUACUUGCAAGCUGAAUCUUCUAAUGAUUUGUUCUGGUUUUAUAUUAAAAAUUUAUAUUUAAAUUAUAUUUUAAGAAGAUAGAUCUAUGUAGAAAAUAUUUCUGUAGUGAAUUAAUAAAUGGUGGAUGGGUUAGGAUAUUUAUAUGUAGCAUAUUCUGAUGCCUCUUCAACUGUGGUGAAACACAAGCAAAGAAAGGGUAAUGCAGUGGGAUUUUUAAGCAUACGGAAAUGUAAGCAACUUUUAGAUGCAGAACAAAGAUUAAAUUCAUCAAAGGAAAAGGUUUAAGGAGAAGUUGACUUCCUUCUUUACCAAAAUGCUGCAAUGUUGCUUCUGUUGGAAUUAGUCCUGGUUCAGGAAACUUCAUUCAGAGAUGUAUACAACCUCUCAAAUUUGUAUAUUAUGUGUAUAAAGUGUUUCCCUGAAGUUCGUGAUAUGCCACACUUGUUUUAAAUAACAUUUCUCUAUUUAAAAUACCUGGUCAGGUAGCUGAAGGCUCCAGCUGAUAGUAAUAGUGAACUGACAAGUUGUGUGGGUUUUUUUUCAUGAGCUACUAGCAGUUAUAGUAUAUUGCACAAUUAUACCAGUGAAGCCUAAGAGCAUCCAACUCACAGUAAGACUAUGAUGCAGUAACUCCACCUGGUUGCAAAUCUAAAUGUAACGAUAACCAACUUGCUGUGGUUUAAUGAACUGCAGUCUCUUGUUUUCAAAUGUGUAUAUUUUGAAAAUGUUGUAUAAUGUUGUAUGUAUGUGCUGCUGUUUAAAAUAAACUCUGCUUUUCU